UUGACGUAUAUGGCGAAUUAGGUUAUAUUUCUGAUAAAUAAAAAAUGUAUUUAUAAACUAAUUUAAAAUAUAUUUAAACAAUUUAAAACAAAAUGGAUGCUGUUGGGGCCGAAGUUGGCCAGAAAAUGAGGUCUGCUAUCAAAGCAAAACUAACUGAGCUUGAAUGUUAUGUGGAUGAUGAACUUCCAGAUUAUAUUAUGGUAAUGGUGGCUAAUAAAAGAUCAAAAUCACAAAUGAAUGAAGAUUUAAAUUUGUUUCUAAAAACCAAAACAACCAUAUUCGUUGAGUGGCUACAUAUUGUUUUAAAAAAGCUUAAAGAAGUCACCGUUACCAAUCCAGAGAUUUAUAAGAAAGUUUCUAAAAGAAAAGGAAGCAAAGAUGAAGAAAAUUUAAGCAUAAAAAAAGAAAAAAAAGAUAAAAAGUCGAAAAAACUAAAGGGCAAUAUAAAAGAAGAAAAGUGCCUGACGGAUAAUUUGCCUAUUAAUAUUAAAAGCAGAUUGGGAAAAAGUAGUAACAAAAGUGAUAGUGAUGAUGGUUUUGACAUCCCAUUACUUUCCGAGGUGAAUAAAAAUAAGGAACUGGAGGAAAUCGAAAAACAAAUAGUCAAUGUAAAAAGUAGGUUAGGAGAUCUUGUUCACAGCGAAGAUGAAGAACAGGAUGUACUGAAAAUUAAAACUGAAUUAAAUGAAUUAAUAGCAAACAAAGCAAAGACUCGAAACAUUGUAGUCCAACAAAAUAUAAUUAUUCCAAACCAAAACACCGACAACACAGAUGCUGAUGCCAAUACUGAAAAUAAAGAAACAGAAAAAAAAGCUGAACGUAAAAGAAUUACGUUUGAUAAUGACGACGACGAUGAAAUUAAAACCCCACCUCGAAAAAAACAGUCAGCUCUUAGUAGAUUGGGAAAAAGACCUUUGGACGUUAGAAAUAAUUCUCCCGACAGAAAAUCUAGAAGGGUGAAAUCCCCCAAUGUUAGAUCUCAAGUAAAAAGUCUUAUUAAAAAAACUAACACUAAAGUUAAUAGUGAUGACAGAGAAUUAAGGAAAAAAGGGGGUAUUUUAAGCAGACUAGGUGUACAGUCUAAAGUAUCAAUUCCUGAUAAACCUGAAGAGACUGAGGAAGUGGGGGUUUCCAAAGAAGUUAGGAGUAUGAUUAGAGUGAAACCACGAACUUUGCCACCAAAUGCGGCACAAGCCAACAAAACUUUAAUUUUGAAGGCUGUUGCUGAAGCUCAACGAAGCAUUGCUCAAGCACCAAAGGUUGGGAUUGGCUCUAAUUCAAAUCCUUUAUUUACGAAGAAAUACCUAAAAUAUCAGAAACUACCCAAAACAGUUCCAGAAAAAACCAAGGCAAGACUAAACAGCAUCCUGGUAUCGCUUAACAAUGACAUUAGUAAGGAACAAUCAAGCGAUUCAGAGGAAGAAGAAUACAUCCCAAAACCGGUCGGCAAAAAUGUAAAUCAAUUUUCUCCGGAAUACACGCCGACAUCUCCCACGUAUACGCCAAUAGAAAAACAACCGAAAUUCGUGGUAAAUCUGAACCUGAACACCCCAUUGGGAGAGGUGAAAAGACCUACGCGAAGCAGAUCACCCAUUGUUUUUGACAUAAAAACGAAACCAACCGCCGUGGUUAAAACGACUCGCCCGAAUAUACCCGACAAGCUGCCAGUCGUGCCAACUGUUGUUGUCGCCAAGAAAAAGGAGGCCUGCAUUUAUUUUCCGAACUGCAUGCUGGGCGAUAAAUGCGAAUACGCGCAUAUUCGAAAGAGUUGCGAAAUGUUCCCGCACUGUAAAUUCGGAGAUAAAUGUCUCUAUUUGCAUCCUUCCUGCAAAUUCGGUACUUCGUGUACGAAAAGAGACUGCCCUUACAAUCAUGUGAAAAACGGAAAAUCAACUGGACUUGAACUAUCCAAUGUAAAGCCAUGUAAAUUUGGAAAAUUCUGCAAAAAUGCGACCUGUAAAUUUAACCAUCCGUUUGCAACGCUAAAUAAAAAUAUUAGGUCAUAAAUAGUAUGUAUGUAAUUCAUUGUUUAACGUAUUUUAUUGUGUAAAUAAUCUUAUAAUAUAUUAAUAUACCGAAUUACAUAUAACCUUAAUAUAAGGAUGUGUGGUUUCAUUGAAAUGUGCAUGUAAUUUA